GCGCGCGGGUGAGUACCUGCAGGCGGGCAAGGGGAGCGAGUGUAGCGUUGGAGGGCGGUUCGCGCGCUGGUUAUCAGAACACCCUUGUUCCCAAGCACACUAAAUCAUUCUAUCCACGUUUCCUAAAGACCCUGAAGCUUCGCAGUCCAUCAAAAUGAGUCUACGGAAACAAACCCCCAGUGAUUUUUUGAAACAAAUAAUAGGGAGACCAGUUGUUGUGAAGUUAAAUUCUGGAGUUGAUUAUCGAGGUGUUCUGGCUUGCCUGGAUGGGUAUAUGAACAUAGCUUUGGAACAAACUGAAGAAUAUGUAAAUGGGCAACUGAAGAAUAAAUAUGGGGAUGCAUUUAUCAGAGGAAACAAUGUUUUGUAUAUAAGUACACAGAAGAGGAGAAUGUGAAUAUGCCAGAAGGUCUUGGAUUGCGACUUUUGUUUCUUAACCUAGUUUUAUUUGUUGUUGAUGAUUCGUAGUGAUAUUUGUUGCAUUCUGCUGUAAAGCUGCUGACUCUGUAUGGAAGACUGGACAGUUUUUUAGUAUGUAUAUUAACAAAGUCGAACAUUUUCGGAUGAAUUGUUUGGAAUACCUUAUGUUACAGAGUGGAAUUAAAUAAAAGUGGAAAAAUAA